AUGAUAAUGCGCCUUUCCAAAGCCCUAAUAGACAUGGAGAUGGCAGAUUAUAGCGCAGCGCUAGACCCGGCGUAUACCACUCUGGAGUUUGAGAACAUGCAGGUGCUGGCUAUGGGCAACGACACAUCUCCAUCAGAAGCAGCCAACCUCAACACUUCCAACAGCAUCGGGGUGAGCGCGCUGUGUGCCAUCUGCGGGGACCGCGCCACGGGGAAGCAUUAUGGGGCUUCCAGCUGCGAUGGCUGCAAAGGCUUCUUCAGGAGAAGCGUCCGGAAGAACCACAUGUACUCCUGCAGGUUUAACAGGCAGUGUGUGGUAGACAAAGACAAAAGAAACCAGUGCCGGUACUGCAGGCUUAAGAAGUGCUUCCGAGCAGGAAUGAAGAAGGAAGCUGUACAAAAUGAACGGGACCGAAUCAGCACCCGGAGGUCAAGUUACGAAGACAGCAGCUUGCCCUCCAUUAAUGUCUUACUGCAGGCAGAAGUCCUGGCACAACAGAUAUCAUCCCCGGUUCCUGUGAUCAACGGAGACAUCCGAGGGAAGAAGAUUGCCAACAUCUCCGACGUGUGCGAGUCCAUGAAGCAGCAGCUUCUAGUGCUGGUGGAGUGGGCCAAGUACAUCCCUGCCUUCUGCGAGCUGCCCCUGGAUGACCAGGUAGCACUGCUGCGAGCACAUGCAGGAGAACAUCUGUUACUGGGAGCUGCCAAGAGGUCCAUGGUGUUCAAGGAUGUCUUGCUGCUAGGAAAUGACCACAUCAUCCCGCGGAACUGCCCCGAACUGGUGGAGGUGAACCGUGUGGCCAUCCGCAUCCUGGACGAGCUGGUCCUCCCCUUCCAGGAGCUGCAGAUAGACGAUAAUGAAUAUGCCUGCUUGAAAGCCAUCAUCUUCUUCGACCCAGAUGCCAAAGGACUGAGUGACCCCUCCAAGAUCAAGCGGAUGCGGUACCAGGUGCAGGUCAGCCUGGAGGACUACAUCAAUGACCGGCAAUAUGACUCACGGGGCCGCUUUGGGGAGCUGCUGCUGCUGCUGCCUGUGCUGCAGAGCAUCACCUGGCAGAUGAUAGAACAAAUCCAGUUUGUCAAGCUCUUUGGCAUGGCUAAGAUCGACAACCUGCUGCAGGAGAUGCUGCUGGGAGGCUCAUCAAGUGAAACGCCGCAUGCUCACCACCCCCUGCACCCUCAUCUGAUCCAGGAGAACCUGGGAACAAACGUCAUUGUGGCCAACACAAUGCCUCCUCAGAUGCACAAUGGGCAGAUGUCUACUCCAGAAACCCCACAGCCAUCUCCACCUGCGGGCUCAGGACCAGAGCAAUACAAGCUGCUGCCCGGAGCCAUUGCAACCGUGGCAAAACAGCCCACCUCCAUCCCGCAACCCGCCAUCACGAAACAGGAGGUCAUCUAGCAAUCUGCAGACCAGCUGGCCUCGUUUAGAAGACCGUGUGGGAGAAAAGCCUGAAUUGACUCUGCCACUGUGAAAAGAGAAGCCAUCCAGAGGUCCUUGGGCGCAAACACACGGACUUGCUUAUUGGACUAGUCCACCACCACCAAAAGCUGUCUUCCUGCAGCUACGGACAGCAUGUGCCAUGGGCAGCCCCCAGUCCCAGAACUAAGGUUGAAGCCUUACUGAAACCCUCAGUCCUUGUAAGAAGGGCCAGAUUUCUGCCUCCCUCCGUGGGGAGGUUGCAGUGACUGACUGGGGACUGGCUGUUCCCCCAUUGCCACCUCUCAGCGUUGGUUCAGCACACACCAGACCCUGAGAACAAGCGAUUC